ACGAACUCGAAAAACAUCUUUCACAAAAAUGCAAUUCACGUCCACGACCAAAUCCACCUUACUUUUCACUUAAUGUUAAUUGCACAUUAUCCACUCCAUCCGAAAUUGUGAUGGAGGAAAAAGUCGUACUUUCAGAAUUAUCCAAAGAAAUUUUAGAUUCAUUAAUUAAUAAUGUAAAUUAUUGGUAUCAAAAGUUUGUUCCCGCAAGUUUUGAAAGUAUGGUAUUGGAUCAUGAAGUUUUGAAGGAAAAAAAUAAGCAUGCUACUCAGCAGGCAUCGAUUUUAGGUCAUAUGACAAGGUUGAAUUUAUUACAACCAGAUGGGUGUUUCAUUGAAUUUGGUUGUGGCAAAGGUGAAUUAUCAUAUUUUACAAAACUUGCUAUUCGAGAUGAAGACGAUAGAACUUCCUUCCUUUUAAUUGAUAGAAAAAAUACACGUGGUAAGUUUGAUUCAGGGAUCAGAGAAGGAAGACAAUUAUCCGAUAAAAAAACUCUUGUAAAGCGGAUUGGAAUGGACAUUAAAGAUUUAGAUCUAUCAAAACUUGAUUAUAUUAAGAAUAAAAAAAUUAUAGCAUAUUCCAAGCAUCUAUGUGGAUCUGCUACUGAUGUUACUUUAAAAUCGCUGAUAGAUUAUUUCAAGUUAAAUAAAGAAGAGAACCAAAUAAUUGGAAUAAUUAUAGCACUGUGUUGUCAUCAAUUAUGUCAAUACCAUAUGUAUCCAAACCAACAAUAUCUUGAAAAUAUCGGAAUUACAGAUGAUGAUUUCAAGAGAAUAUGUACUAUGAGUAGUUGGGCUAUUUAUCAUUCUUCAAGAGAAAUUUUAGGUUAUAAAUGUAAACGUAUAUUAGAUUACGGUCGUCUUAAAUAUUUACAAGAAAAUGGCUUUGAUGUAGAAUUAAUUUAUUAUGUAGAAUCAUCAACUUCUUUAGAAAAUUUGGCAUUAAUGGCUGUUCCGAGGAAAAAUUGA